ACAUUAUUUUGAACCAACAAACCUAUUAAGUUUUGUUGACUUCCGUUUUAAAUACUUGCCCAGAAAUGAUUGGUUGGCAUUGGUAACCGUUUUAGCCGAUGGGAGGCCUAGCUCGCUUAACGCUAGUUACAGCUUGUUGGCUGAAUAAAGAAAGCGAAAGGAAGCCGGAUCUAAAGACAGAAAGGAGCAAGAGACAGACUGCACACAGAAUGAGCUCAUCUGCUCCUAGGAUGGUGAACAACUACAAGCGGACUUCCAGCCCUCGGUCUCCUACGAACAGUGGGGAGCUCUUCACUCCAGCGCAUGAGGAGAAUGUGCGUUUCAUCCACGACACCUGGCAGUGUGUGCUCAGAGACAUCCGGUCACCUCAGAGCAGCGAACGCAAAGACCGUGGCCCACAGGAGUAUGUGGAAAAGAACCCAAAUCCCAACUUAAAUUCUUUCACACCAGUUGACCUGAGUGACCUCAAGAAACGCAACACACAGGACUCCAAGAAGUCCUAGUCUUUCUCUUUAUAGUCAACAGCUUUUUUUCUGCACCAAUUAUCCUUGAGAACUUUCUCCUCCUCUGUCAGCCAGCAAGUCAACCUUUUGGCCAUUCCUGCCCAGAAUUCCGGUCCUCUUUCUGCCCACCUGGACUAACAGCUUGCCCAUUCAACAGCAGUGGGCUGAUGUCCUAACAACCACAACAUUUUUGGAGUUCCUUAAACACCCCCCUCUUUCUCUGUCCAGGCUCAAUAUUUUCUUACCCUACCUCUCAUCUGGUUGACGUGGAAUGCAAGAAAGCUGGCAUUUGAUUUCCAGGGAUUCUCUCUUCCGGUUCUUGGUUUUACAGCCAUGAAUUUUUCAUUUUCACUCUUUUUUUUAUGUGAAUGGGACUGAUGCAGAGUUUCAAUGAAAUAUGCUGACAUCCUGAUGCCGAAGUACAGAUGGUGUAAAAAUUAUUAAUGGGACACUUUAAAGGACUGCAGUCUUAAAUAUUAAGUUUUCUUUUCAAUCUACAAAGGAUAACGCUGAAGGGCUGACAUUCUUUUUUUGGAAGAUAGUUGAAUUGUAGAUAUAUUGGAAUGGAAACCGAUUGUACGGGCGAGUUUUGGAAGGUAAAAAUUCUUUACGAUAAAUGCCAACAUUUUUCAUAUAAAUUCAUGCCCCUAAAAUGGACUUCAAGUAGACAUCGCCACAUUGACUUCCCAGCCUUGAAAAAAAAUAUUGAAUAAAAUACUUUUACAGUAUUUCACUCUCAAUGCAUUGGUCAUAGAUGUUCUGACCUAAAAUUUACUUUUUGGAUGUGUUACCUGUAUACUCCCCAAUGAUGUAUGUACAAACAUCACAGAACCUACAGUAGGAUGGUAAAUGAUUGUCUCAC